UAAACCUCAAAUCUCUUCUUCUCCUUCACAAACUCGAAGCCGCUCUAUCCCCAAUUCACAGUCUCAGGGUCAGUGUAAAGUUUUUAAGUUCGAUUUUAUGGUUAUGUAAUUGGUACCUAUUGAUUGGGACUCGUAACCUACUAAAGAUGCCAGCAUUAAUCUCGUCAAGGUUGCUAAUUUUCGGAGAGUCUCUGUCCUUCCAUAAGUUUUCAUAUGUAUCUAGGAAUGCUUGGUUCCGCAGAAGUGUAUGUAGUCUGAAUCUUGGAAGCCUUGGCUUCAAAAGUGAUAUUGAAUUGGUAGAUAAAAAGGAAACCAAUGAAGUUACGCGGCUGAGUUCUUUUAAAGAUGUUCCCAAAAGUAAGGCCAAGGUGGUUAGAAGCACUGUAAUCAAGGCAGCUGGGGCACAAAGCUCUCUUGAAGUAGAUUCGAGUCUCUUUAAUGCGAAAUCUUUUUCUGAGCUCGGCCUCCCUCCUUUGUUGAUUGAGAGGUUAGAGAGUCAAGGCUUCAGGACUCCAACUGAUGUUCAGUCCACUGCAAUUCCAACGAUUCUUAAAGAUCAUGAUGUCGUGAUUCAGUCUUACACAGGUUCGGGAAAAACACUAGCUUAUCUUCUUCCUAUCCUCUCUGAAGUAGGCCCCCUAAAGGAGAGACCAUCUGAUGGUGGUGGUGAAAAUGGGAAGAGAACAGAUAUAGAAGCGGUAAUUGUGGCUCCUUCCAGGGAGCUGGGUAUGCAGAUUGUGAGGGAGUUCGAAAAGAUAUUAGGACCUGCUAACAAGAAAACGGUUCAGCAGCUUGUAGGGGGUGCAAAUCGAUCAAGACAAGAAGAAGCACUUAAGAAGAAUAAGCCUGCCAUUGUUGUUGGGACACCGGGCAGGAUUGCAGAGAUUAGUGCCGCUGGGAAGCUUCACACCCACGGCUGCCGUUUCUUGGUCUUAGAUGAGGUUGAUCAACUGCUUUCUUUUAAUUUUCGGGAGGACAUGCACCGGAUAUUGGAACACGUAGGGAGGAAGUCCAGUGCAGACUCACAUGGACCAAAAGGCUCACUUGGCAAACGAGCUGAGCGUCAGACUAUAUUGGUUUCCGCAACAGUACCAUUUUCAGUGAUAAGGGCAGCCAGUAGCUGGGGGCGCGAUCCACUUCUUGUCCAAGCCAAAAAUGUCAUUCCCCUUGAUUCUAUCUCGCCCUCUGGACCCGGUACAUUGCCAGGAAAUUCAAUCAGUACGAACUCAACCUCAAAUUUGCAGGGUCAUUCUGCAAUAGAGAGCCUACCUCCAUCUCUUAAACACUACUACUGUGUAACAAAGUUACAACACAAGGUUGAUGCAUUGAGAAGGUGUGUUCAUGCUCUGAAUGCCAAAUCUGUCAUAGCCUUCAUGAAUCACACUAGGCAGCUAAAAGAUACCGUCUUCAAGCUAGAGGCCCGUGGAAUGACGGCAUCAGAGCUCCAUGGGGAUCUUGGUAAACUUGGUAGGGCAACGACUAUGAAAAAAUUCAAAAAGGGGGAGGUGAGAAUUCUGGUGACAAAUGAACUUUCAGCAAGGGGAUUGGAUGUGGCAGAAUGUGAUCUUGUUGUUAAUCUGGACUUACCCACCGACACAAUUCAUUAUGCACAUCGAGCUGGACGGACUGGUCGUCUUGGCAGGAAGGGCACUGUAGUAACAAUGUGUGAAGAAUCAGAAGUAUUUGUUGUGAGGAAACUGCAGAAGCAGCUUGGAAUUCCAAUUUCAGCUUGUGAGUUUACAGAAGGCAAGCUUGUCAUCACCGAAGAAGAAAAGGGUCUACCGGCUCUGAGGGCAUGAGAGCUAUCCUUGAGCUGGUGAUUUUCAAAUUGCAUUCCAGACUUCACACAUUUUGUUUUGUUGUUGUUUAUUCGUCUAUUUGUAUUUAGGAAUUUAGGAUCGUGGAUGCUUCUACUUUUAAGGAUUUGUUACACUAUUACACUUUAAUCAGCACCAGUAGCAUAUUCCAAGUGAAAACAUUGAUUUCUCGCAAUACAUGCCCGUUGAUCUAUAGUAAUUUAAAAGGGAUAAAAUUGACGCACCUUGUUUCCUUG